UAUGAACCAUCUAUUAAUAUAUUCCAGAAAUAUUACUUAAUAUUAAAUUAUAUCACGCGUUUAUAGGAAAUGUUUUUUCAAUAUGAACACUUUAUUGCAGUAUCCUUUCAUGUGCAAGUUUAAAAAAAUGCAUGUUGUGUGUGUGUGUGUAUGUGCGUGCGUAUGCAAAAUAUUCCUUUAAUAUGACAUACAUUUUGCAAGCGCAAAAGUGUCCACAUGCGAAAAUUCAGAAUGAAAAGUCACAAUGACUAUCAAUAUAAGGAAAUACUUCAUGUUGUUGAUUACAUACAUUAUCAGACUUUAUAUUGAUAAGAUUGGUAAUAUCGGCUCAUAUAUCUGAUUUUGUACGCAGUACAGCGUCGGAACUCGGCUUGGAGGUGGAUGUGUGCCGCAUUUGAUAUGCUCGCUCUUGCGACAGUAUUUUUUCGCGCGCCGCUAUUAUGAUACGCGUAUAUUCACCUGUGCGGGAACCGCAUGAUCGUCGCGCCAGUAACUCGCAUCGUUGAAUUAUGUUAGCACAAGUGACGUUUCGCGUAAUCACGUUCACACCGGCACGACUGUUCCCUCGCUCAUCUGUACAUAGAUGUGACAUCAUGAACCCGUUCUUUUUGGGAUACUUAUAUCUUUACAUGGUGAUAACUCCGACCGCGGGUAUAGGUACGUGGGUGCAUUCGCACUUGAGAGGCUCGUUUUCAAAUAUUACAGAUAUAUUAUUGAUAUAUUACACGUUUAUAAAUAAUACAUGUACGAACGCCCAAUGUGAUUCAACAGAUUCGUGUUACGCAUAUAACAGCACGGAAGAAACCUGGCCCAAAAAUUGCACCCAAUGUAACGUUAAACCGAACACGUCGUGCUUGUGUUUGGAAAAUACCGGACCGAAAGGCGAAUGUAUAAUUUAUUGUCCAAAGAAUGAAGAAUGCUGUCUCUGCGACAAUUGUUCUCUCUGUUGGAGUGCGGAAUGGCAACUGAUGACAAUGACGCAUAUCAGCGUCUCCAUAUUAUUCGGGCUUGGUAUCACCGGCUUGAUCUUAAUGUACUGCAAAUUAUGCAAUAGGACAAGGCGACUAGCGCGCACCAGGUGUCUCAGGGUACAGCAGGAGCUGAAUGGUACGUCGUACUGCAACACCAUCGAGGAUUCACGGGAAAGACCACCAUUGUACAGCGAAGUAUGUGGCGCCCCUCCACUCUACACGUCUCCCUACAAUAUGGCGUCCAUGCAGGAUGUCCCACCGAGAUAUCCGGAUACGCCGAAGUCUCAGGAGAGAUGUCGAUGCUUUCGGGACACCACGCCUUCCGUACCGCCCGUCGCUCAACAUAUGUAACGAAUCGUCCCGCGUGUCUGAAACGCACGCGGCGGCGUAGUAACUCUGAAUCCCGCAAUCGAGGAGUCGAAUACGUUCGCGGCGGCUCGACGUGGCCUCGCGAAAAAUUAGGCUCGCUCAAAGUCCAAAAUCCGAAAAUAAUUCAAUUAGUCAAAAAGACAACACAAGAAGGUGGGAGAGGGGGAAGUGGGAGAGACCAAUCUUGAGUUUCGGCGACUCGUAAGUCCCAGAAACGAUCGCAAACACGAAUCUCGAGAUACCGGAAGUUGCUGCGAUAAUAGCUGCGAUGAAUCGACGACUUUGCGCUGUUGUUAAGUUCAACUCCUCAAUUACGACUCGUGUGCGCGUAAUGCGAUGUAACGACGACACGUGGACGCGUAAAAAAGAAAAAAUAAAGGAAACAGACGCGUCGUCUGCAGGGAGUCGGACGAUGGACCUAAGAAUCCAGGGACGGAGUAUAAAAUGAACUUUUGGGCAAGUGGGUUGGUUUACUUCUAUAGAGCCCAUAUAGAAAGAGACAGACGGAGAAUGAGAAUUCCACGAUUAUAUAUAAUGAAAAUGUCAUUUAUUUGAUGCGGUGCAAUGAGAGACUUAAAGUAAAAUGGAAAAAUGAAUGUCUGUAUGAGCUGGGUUUCAAUGAGCGGCGCACGCGCUUUUUUUUUCCGGACAGCCACUACCGCCGACUACGUGGUCGCACGCACGCACGCACAAUACGUGCGACGUACGUUUACAAAAAGAGUUUACUCUCUUGUUAAAUGCAAUGUACAACGGAAGUGUGUUAUGUGUGUGUGUGUAUGUUGUUUUAUCCGAAAACGACGCGGUAGCGGCUCCUAGCGGUCGGUGUAGUUCGUCGACGCGCGCCGAUUUUUCAUCAUGAUGAGGUAACACUUGUCUUACUUGUACUUAUAGUUUAUCAAAUUAUCCAGUCAUACGCUCAUAUAAUAUGUAUAUAUGUAUAUA